AAGCUCUGAACUCAAGGGGAAACUUCUUUCAGCGAUAUCUGUGGGAAAAAAAUGACAACCGUUUUUCGGAAGUCUACGUUAUAUGGGAAGCAGAGCGCAGCUACGGAAUGCCAGAAAGCGUGUGCUCUUCUUCCGAAAAGAAGAGGCGUGUUGAGGAAUCCAUUGACAGUUCAAAUAUUCGGAAAAGAUUAUUCUCCGAAAUUCCUACACAUCGAGGAGUAGACGGUGGGAACCAGAAGAUACGUCCUUCUAAUAGCUCCUCAGAACAAGUAUCACAGAGCGAAAACAAAUUCGCUUCCUCUGCCUGCAGUUACUGGAUGAGUGUUGUGGAAGAAAUACGGAAAGAACGUGAAAGUCUCUCGGCCAAAGCGCAAGCUUGUAGAAAUAUGCUCAUGGAAGAUGCAGCCCUAAACAGACAGAUGCUUGAGAAACUUCGUGUCAAGGGUCCCGAGAAUGUUUCAGAGGAAAUGAAUGGUGAUGAAGACGUCGACGACCGCAUUCCGAACAUAGAAUUUUCAAGUGAUAAUUUGAAUUAAUCUGGUGUUGAAAUAUAACGUGGACAUGAAGACAGAGCCCUCGACUGGAAGAUGAUGUACUGAAAUGUAAUAGUUGUCGACCAACCGCCAGAGCCAUUGCUUGACUGUAAUGUAUUCUUAGUUAUUAAAAAAAAGA